AUGGCUCAGGAGAAGAUGGAGCUGGACCUGGAGCUGCCGCCGGGGAGCGCCGCGGCCCCGGGCGACGGCGGCGGCCUGAGGCGGUCGAACAGCGCCCCGCUCAUCCACGGGCUCAGUGACAACUCCCAGGUGUUUCAGCCUUACGUGUUGCGGACUCGCAGGAACAGCACAACAGUUAUGAGCCGUCAUGGAAUGUUCUUGUCAUCAUCUCCUAUUCGUAUUCCUAGCAGCCGACUUCAUCAGAUCAGAAGGGAGGAAGGAGUGGAUUUAAUGAACAGAGAAGCAGCACAUGAAAGGGAAGUGCAGACAGCAAUGCAGAUAAGCCAGUCAUGGGAGGAAAGCUUGAGCCUGAGCGACAAUGACUUGGACAAGUCUGAGAAAUCUUUUUCCCCAAAGAGAAUAGACUUCAUUCCAGUUUCUCCUGCACCUUCACCUACAAGAGGAAUAGGAAAGCAAUGUUUUUCACCAUCAUUGCAAAUGUUUGUGAGCAGCAAUGGAUUACCUCCAAGCCCUAUUCCCAGUCCAACAAGGCGAUUCUGCAACAGGAGGAGUCAAAGUCCAAUCAACUGCAUCAGGCCUAGUGUUCUUGGCCCCAUUAAAAGAAAAGGUGAAAUGGAAACUGAAAGUCAGCCAAAGAGACUUUUCCAAGGAACAACCAACAUGCUUUCUCCAGAUGUUACACAUCUGACAGAUCUCAGUUCAUGCCUGUCCUCGGAUAUUCUCGACGGGAGUAGCAGCAGUGUUGGCUCUUCCUCUGAUUCCCUGACUAAAGGCAGCAUCACCACGGAGUCUCCAGUGACAUGCUCCAACUCCUGCUCCUCAUUCAUUCUGAUGGAUGACUUCUCACCCAAGUGACUUUACCGAGUCCUGAGUCAGUGGCUGUGCUGUCCCCUUUCUCGUACAGAGAAAUGAACUCUGAUCCUUGAACCAUUCAUAUGAGGUUUAUUAAAAGAAAAAAUUGUUGUUACUGUAAUCCUUGGCUACUUUCCAGUGAUUUUUUUUUUUAAUUUAUCCAUUUAAUGGACAUUGUAGACCAUAUUAAUGUCUGGUUUUGCGAAUUUAUUUUUAAACAAGAUGUCUGCUGGUAUUA